GCCAUGGCUGCGGCCAGCACGGCGCGGAAGGCGGUGGGCCCAGUGCCCGAGGCGGCCCAGCCUUUCCUGUUCACCCCGCGCUCGGGCUCUGGGCUGGAGAGCAGCACGGGCCCCCCGCAGGUGGAGUGGGCCGCCCGGCGCCUGGUGUGGGUGCCCUCCGAGCUGCACGGCUUCGAGGCGGCCGCCCUGCGGGAUGAGGGCCCCGAGGAGGUGGAGGUGGAGCUGGCGGAGAGCGGGCGCCGGCUGCGGCUGCCCAGGGACCAGGUCCAGCGCAUGAACCCCCCUAAGUUCAGCAAGGCUGAAGACAUGGCGGACCUCACGUGCCUCAAUGAAGCCUCGGUUCUGCACAACCUACGGGAGAGAUACUACUCCGGCCUCAUCUAUACGUACUCAGGCCUCUUCUGUGUGGUCAUCAAUCCUUACAAGCAGCUGCCCAUCUAUACGGAAGCCAUUGUGGAGAUGUACCGCGGCAAGAAGCGCCACGAGGUCCCGCCCCACGUGUACGCGGUCACUGAGGGGGCCUACCGCAGCAUGCUGCAAGACCGGGAGGACCAAUCCAUCCUCUGCACGGGCGAGUCUGGGGCCGGCAAGACAGAAAACACAAAGAAAGUCAUUCAGUACCUGGCUCACGUGGCCUCGUCCCCGAAGGGCCGGAGGGAGCAGGGCGCCCCGAACCCUACCAGCAUGGUGGCCUACGGUGAGCUGGAACGGCAACUGCUCCAAGCCAACCCCAUCCUGGAGGCCUUCGGGAACGCCAAGACCGUGAAGAAUGACAACUCUUCUCGCUUUGGCAAGUUCAUCAGGAUCAACUUUGAUGUGGCAGGUUACAUUGUGGGGGCCAACAUUGAGACCUACUUGCUGGAGAAGUCCCGGGCUAUCCGGCAGGCCAAAGACGAAUGCAGCUUCCACAUCUUCUACCAGCUGCUUGGGGGAGCCGGGGAGCAGAUGAAAGAGGACCUCCUUCUCCAGCCGUGCUCCGAGUACCGCUUCCUCACCAACGGGCCGGCGUCGUCCCCAGGCCAGGAGCGCGAGCUGUUCCAUGAGACCCUGGAAUCCCUGCGUGUCCUGGGCUUUACCCACGAGGAGAUUGUCUCCAUGUUACGAGUGGUGUCUGCUGUUCUCCAGUUUGGAAACAUCUCCCUGAAGAAGGAGAGACAUUCGGACCAGGCCACCAUGCCAGACAACACAGCGGCCCAGAAACUCUGCCGCUUGCUCGGCUUGGGAGUGACCGAUUUCUCCCGUGCGCUGCUCUCCCCCCGCAUCAAGGUUGGGCGCGACUACGUGCAGAAGGCUCAGAGCAAGGAGCAGGCUGACUUUGCCUUGGAAGCCUUGGCCAAAGCCACCUAUGAGCGCCUCUUUCGCUGGCUUGUGCUCCGCCUCAACCGCGCCCUGGACCGAAGCCCUCGCCAGGGGGCCUCCUUCCUGGGCAUCCUGGACAUCGCUGGCUUCGAGAUCUUCCAGCUGAACUCCUUCGAGCAGCUGUGCAUCAACUAUACCAACGAGAAGCUGCAGCAGCUCUUCAACCACACCAUGUUCGUGCUGGAGCAGGAGGAGUACCAGCGCGAGGGCAUCCCCUGGAUCUUCUUGGACUUUGGCCUCGACCUGCAGCCCUGCAUCGACCUCAUCGAGAGGCCCGCCAACCCCCCGGGGCUGCUGGCCCUACUGGACGAGGAGUGCUGGUUUCCCAAGGCCACGGAUAAGUCCUUUGUGGAGAAGGUGACCCAAGAGCAGGGCAGCCACCCCAAGUUCCAGCGGCCCCGGCAGCUGCGCGACCAGGCAGACUUCAGCGUGCUGCACUAUGCCGGGAAGGUGGAUUACAAGGCCAACGAGUGGCUGAUGAAAAACAUGGACCCACUGAAUGACAGCGUGGCAGCCCUCCUGCACCAGAGCACGGACAAGCUCACAGCGGAGAUCUGGAAGGACGUGGAGGGCAUCGUGGGUCUGGAGCAGGUGAGCAGCCUUGGGGACGGGGGCACGCCUGGCGGACGCCCACGCCGCGGCAUGUUCCGGACAGUAGGUCAGCUGUACAAGGAGUCCCUGAGUCGGCUCAUGGCCACGCUGAGCAAUACCAACCCCAGCUUUGUACGCUGCAUCAUCCCCAACCACGAGAAGAGGGCAGGGAAGCUGGAGCCCCGGCUGGUGCUGGACCAGCUGCGCUGUAAUGGGGUCCUGGAGGGAAUCCGCAUCUGUCGCCAGGGUUUCCCCAACCGAAUCCUGUUUCAGGAAUUCCGGCAGAGGUAUGAGAUCCUGACUCCCAGUGCCAUCCCCAAGGGCUUCAUGGAUGGGAAACAGGCCUGUGAGAAAAUGAUCCAGGCCCUGGAGCUCGACCCCAACCUGUACCGUGUUGGCCAAAGCAAAAUCUUUUUCCGGGCCGGCGUCCUGGCCCAGUUGGAGGAAGAGCGAGACCUCAAGAUCACAGACAUCAUCGUGUCCUUCCAGGCGGCCGCCCGAGGAUACUUAGCCCGAAGGGCUUUCCACAGACGCCAGCAGCAGCAGAGUGCCCUGCGUGUGAUGCAGAGGAACUGUGCCGCCUACCUCAAGCUCCGCCAUUGGCAGUGGUGGCGCCUCUUUACCAAGGUGAAGCCUCUUCUUCAGGUGACCCGCCAAGAUGAGGUCCUCCAGGCACGGGCCCAGGAGCUCCAGAAAGUGCAGGAGCUGCAGCAGCAGAGUGCCCGUGAGCUGGACCAGCUGCAAGGCCGAGUGCUCCAGCUGGAGGAGGAGAGAGCCCGGCUCUCGGAACAGCUGCGGGCAGAGGCCGAGCUGUGUGCCGAGGCUGAGGAGACCCGCGGCCGCCUGGCGGCCCGGAAGCAGGAGCUGGAGACGGUGGUGGGCAUGCUGGAGGCCCGGGUGGGCGAGGAGGAGGAGCGCAGCGUGCAGCUGGAGACGGACAAGAAGCGGCUGCAGCAGCACGUGCAGGAGCUGGAGCAGCACCUCGAGGCAGAGGAGGGGGCCCGGCAGAAGCUGCAGCUGGAGAAGGUGACCACCGAGGCCCGGCUGAAGAAGACGGAGGAGGAUCUGCUGCUCCUGGAGGACCAGAACGCCAAGCUGGGCAAGGAGCGGCGGCUACUGGAGGAGCGCCUGGCAGAGUUCUCCUCCCAGGCGGCUGAGGAGGAGGAAAAGGUGAAGAGCCUUAGCAAACUCCGGCACAGAUACGAGGCCAUGAUGGCAGACAUGGAGGGUGAGAUGCGCCCCAGCCUCCAUGAAUGUGCCUCCCUCCGCCACACCGUGUCCUGUGCCCCCCCAGCUCUGCCACGCCGUGUUCUGUGCCCUGAGCCCCCCCAGCUCUGCCACACCCUUGGGGGGCCGUCAGCCCGGUCUCCCCCUAGAGCAUUCAGUGCCCUCCCCUCCCCCAGGGCCGAGGAGGAGGGCGGCGCCCGGGCCACGCUGCUCAAGUCCCUCCGAGAGGCCCAGGCCGGGCUGACCGAAGCCCAGGAGGACCUGGAAGCCGAGCGGGCGGCGCGGACCAAGGCAGAGAAGCAGCGUCGAGACCUCGGGGAGGAGCUGGAGGCCCUCCGUGGGGAGCUGGAAGACACGCUGGACUCCACCAACGCCCAGCAGGAGCUCCGGACCAAGCGGGAGCAGGAAGUGUCUGAGCUGAAGCGGGCGCUGGAGGAGGAGACGCGUAGCCAUGAGGCCGCCGUCCAGGAGCUACGGCAGCGUCACGGCCAGGCCCUGGGCGAGCUAGGCGAACAGUUAGAACAGGCGCGGCGGGGCAAAGGCACCUGGGAGAAGACCCGCUUGGCCCUGGAAGCCGAGGUGUCCGAGCUGCGGGCCGAGCUGGGCAGCCUGCAGGCUUCGCGGCAGGAGGGCGACCAGAGGCGCCGGCGGCUCGAGACCCAGCUGCAGGAGCUGCAGGCCCGGGCCGGCGAUGGCGAGCGCUCCCGGGCCGAAGCAGCCGACAAGCUGCAGAGAGCCCAGGCGGAGCUGGACAGUGUCUCAGGGGCCCUGAGUGAGGCCGAGUCCAAAGCGAUCCGCCUAAGCAAGGAACUGAGCAGCGCCGAGGUCCAGCUUCAUGACGCCCAGGAGCUCCUGCAGGAGGAGACACGGGCCAAGCUGGCCCUGGGGUCCCGGGUCCGAGGGCUGGAGAGCGAGGCCGCUGGGCUGCGGGAACAGCUGGAGGAAGAGGCAGCGGCCAGGGAGCGAGCCGGGCGGGAGCUGCAGACAGCCCAGGCCCAGCUGUCGGAGUGGCGGAGGCGGCAAGAGGAAGAGGCGGGAGCCCUGGAGGCCGGAGAGGAGGCCCGCCGACGGGCCGCCCGAGAGGCCGAGGCCUUGGCCCAGAGGCUGGCCGAGAAGACCGAGGUGACCGAGCGGCUGGAGCGGGGCCGGCGGCAGCUGCAGCAGGAGCUGGACGAUGUCUCCAUGGAUCUGGAGCAGCAGCGGCACCUGGUCAGCAGCCUCGAGAAGAAACAGAAGAAAUUCGACCAGCUCCUGGCAGAGGAGAAGGCAGUGUCCCAGCGGGCAGUGGAGGAACGGGAGCGGGCAGAGGCUGAGGGCAGGGAGCGCGAGGCCCGGGCCCUGGCACUGGCCCGGGCCCUGGAAGAGGAGCGUGAGGCUCGUGAGGAGUUGGAGCGGCAGAACCGGGCCCUCCGGGCAGAGCUGGAAGAGCUGCUGAGUAACAAGGACGACGUGGGCAAGAGCGUGCACGAAAUGGAGAGAGCCCGCCGGGCAGCGGAGCAGGCGGCCGCCGACCUUCGCAUUCAGGUAACGGAGCUGGAGGACGAGCUGAUGGCCGCGGAGGACGCCAAGCUACGCCUGGAGGUGACGGCCCAAGCACUGAAGGCUCAGCAUGAGCGGGAGCUGCAGGGCCGAGAUGAGGCUGGAGAGGAAAGGAGGCGGCUGCUGGCCAAGCAGUUACGGGACGCCGAGGUCGAGCGGGAUGAGGAGAGGAAGCAGAGGACGCUGGCCAUGGCGGCCCGCAAGAAGGCAGAGCUGGACCUGGAGGAGUUGAAGGUCCAGGUGGGCUCUGCGGGCCAGGGGAAGGAGGAGGCCAUGAAGCAGCUGCGGAAGACACAGGCCCAGAUGAAGGAGCUGUGGCGGGAAGUAGAGGAGUCUCGAACUUCUAGGGAGGAGAUCUUUGCCCAGAACCGGGAGAAUGAGAAGAGGCUCAAGGGCCUUGAGGCGGAGUUGCUGAGGCUGCAGGAGGAGCUCGCGGCCUCCGACCGGGCCCGGCGCCAGGCGCAGCAGGACCGGGACGACAUGGCCGACGAGGCAGCCAACGGGAACCUGACCAAGGCGGCCCUGGCGGAGGAGAAGCGUCAGCUCGAGGGGCGACUGGGCCAACUGGAAGAGGAGCUGGAGGAGGAGCAUGGGAACCUGGAGCUGCUCAAUGAUCGUUACCGCAAGCUGCUGCUGCAGGAGGAAGGGCCCCGCCCACCUCGGGAGAGAAGGCCCCGCCCACCUCGGGAGAAGGGCCCCGCCCACCUCGGGGAGAAGGAACUGCGGGGCCGCCUGGGCGAGGAGGAUGCUGGGGUCAGGGCCCGCCACAAGAUGCUCAUCGCAUCCCUAGAGUCCAAGCUGGCCCAGGCUGAGGAGCAGCUGGAGCAGGAGAGCAGGGAGCGCAUUCUGUCCGGGAAGCUUGUCCGGAGAGCCGAGAAGCGCCUGAAGGAGGUGGUCCUGCAAGUGGAUGAGGAGAGGAGGGUGGCUGACCAGCUCCGCGACCAGCUGGAGAAGGGCAACCUGCGGCUGAAACAGCUGAAAAGGCAGCUGGAGGAGGCCGAGGAGGAGGCCUCCAGGGCCCAAGCUGGGCGGCGGCGGCUGCAGCGGGAGCUGGAUGACGUCACCGAGUCGGCAGAAUCCAUGAACCGGGAGGUCACCACGCUGAGGAACCGGCUUCGGCGAGGGCCCCUCACCUUUACCACGAGGACAGUGCGUCAGGUCUUUCGCCUGGAGGAGGGGGUCGCCUCCGACGAGGAAGGAGAAGAACCAGAAGGAGGCACCGGUCCCCCUGCUCCAGAACCUGACGUCCCCCCCCAAUCCCAGCCACAGUGACUCCCUCGUUCAUCCUCUGCUCCGAAUCCCCUUCCCUUCCUGCCUUCUUGCACUUUGGAGACCCCAGUGCCCAAACUAGGCACUUUAGGCCAUCAAAGCCCCCAGCCCCAAAUCAAGCAGCGGGCCUGGCACCUAGCUGGGGGCAGGCUUGGGGAGGGGUUCACGCCUGCCUUCCUUCCAGCCCCCAGGUCUUUGUACAACGACAAGGGCGAGGCCCCAGCUUUCCCCUUUCCAUUUUGGCUCUCUCCUUUUUACCCUUUCUUCUCCUCCCCGCCAUCCCCACAUUUCUGUCCUCUUUCUUCCUAACCCAACCCCCCUUUUUUCCUCAUCUCUCUCUCCUCUUUCUCAGCACCAUCUCCCUUUCUCCUUGCCUUCUCUUUCCCCAUCUC